AACCGCAUACCGGCUGGGUCGCUCCAUCAAGUGGGUGAGCCGCUUCCUGAUGCGCAAGCCCCGCCCCUUUCAUCCAGAGGAAGUCGAACGCAGCAUCGAUCCGCGUGGAGCCAAUGAAAAGGCGCGUGCACGCGGAACUGACAGCUAUCCGAACCCCCGCCCCCACUACGCCGCCCCCCUCCUCUCUCUCUCUCUCUCUCUCACUCACCCUACUGUCAGACGAGCGCGGAGAAAACCCAACAGGACCGCCGCCGGUGCCGGACGCGCACCGCAUCUGCUCGCUCCGAUCCCGGUGGGCGGAGGACCGAGCGAGCGACCGAGGCCUCUCGCGCAGUCGGCCGUCGGGAGACAUGGAGGGGGUCGGCAGCAACAGGAGCAUGUCGUACAGCAGAUGGAGCUAUGACAACACUUUGGACGACGAGGGCACCAACCUCCGACAGCAGAAGCUUGAUCGGCAGCGGGUGCUGCUCGAGCAAAAGCAGAAGAAGAAGCGUCAGGAGCCCCUGAUGGUCCAGUCCAACGUGGACGGGCGAUCCCGCGCCCGCCGCGGUGCCAAGCAGAGCGAGGAGCAGGCGCCGUUGGUGGAAUCCUACCUCAGCAGCAACAGCGUGCAAGAAGCCAAGCCGGAGGAGGUGAAGGUGAAAAGCGACCCGCAGCCGCCGCGCUCGGCCAAAAAGGGCCGAGGGUCGGCCGGCUCCACUCCUCAGACGGCCAGCGACAAAAAGGAGAGGAAGGGGAAGCACAAAGGCGCGGACGGCCUGGCCUGCCAGUCGGAGGACGGCCAGAUCCAAAUCUUGACAGUCGGUCACCCCUCGUCAGAGGACGGCGAGGGCGAGCCGGUCAUGAGCUGCACGCCGUCGCAGAGCAAGCAGGACCUCCGGGUGACCAUGCUCAAAAAAGGCAUCUCCAGCAGUAUGAACUUUGAUGAAGAAGAAGACGACGACGACGAAAUUAGUUCCACUUCCUCCCAGCUCAACAACAACACGAGGCCGGGCUCCGCCACCAGCAAGAAGUCGUGCAAGGACGUUGCAUCUGCCCCAACUCCGCCCGUCACCGAACCUGCCGUUGAUGUGGACGACCUUGAAGAGUUUUCCCUGCGACCUGCGCCGCAGGGAGUCCGGGUGAAGUGCAGAAUCACCAGGGACAAGAAAGGCAUGGACAGAGGCAUGUAUCCCACCUACUAUCUUCACUUGGAGCGAGAGGACGGCAAGAAGGUGUUCCUGUUAGCCGGCAGGAAGAGAAAAAAAAGCAAAACUUCCAAUUACCUCAUCUCCAUCGAUCCCACCGAUCUGUCCCGAGGUGGAGAAAGCUUCAUUGGUAAAUUGAGGUCAAACCUCAUGGGGACCAAGUUCACUGUAUACGACAGCGGUCUCAACCCCAUGAAGACCACCAGCAGCCUCGAAGCCUGCAACAUGCGCCAAGAGCUUGCGGCCAUUUGCUACGAAACAAACGUCUUGGGAUUUAAGGGACCCCGUAAAAUGAGCGUCAUCAUCCCCGGGAUGAACAUGGACCACGAGAGGGUGUCCAUCCGCCCACGAAAUGACCACGAGUCAUUGCUGGCGAGGUGGCAGAACAAGAACACGGAAAGUGUGAUUGAACUGCAUAACAAAACUCCAGUGUGGAACGACGAUACGCAAUCGUACGUCCUCAACUUCCACGGCAGAGUCACUCAGGCUUCUGUCAAGAAUUUCCAAAUUAUCCACGACAACGACCCCGACUACAUCGUGAUGCAGUUCGGCCGCGUGGCCGAGGACGUCUUCACCAUGGACUACAACUACCCGAUGUGCGCCCUCCAAGCCUUCGCCAUCGCCCUCUCCAGCUUCGACAGCAAGUUAGCCUGCGAAUAGACGGCAGCCCGGCGCGUGCAGCGGCCUCAUCAAGGGCUCUUCAUGAAAAAAAAAAACUGGGCGCUGGUCCGACAACUCCCGAAAAAAAAAAAAACACGUAUCCCAAAAUGCUUUACGGCUUUCAAGGUCUGCGUGGACGAGCGUGUGUGUGUGUGCGUCCGAGGCAGGGGAGAUGCUCCAUGUGGGGCGUCAAGCACAAAAAACAAAAUCAACGUUUUUUUGUAAACAUUUUCGAAUGCGUGCACAUUCGAAAGAAUCAACCGUUCCUUUAAGCACUCGCUAGAGAGGUAGAACAUUCUUUAUCUGUGACUAAUAACUGCAUAUUUGUACAUUUUUGAAGUUGGCCGAAUUUUGUGUACAGUACCCGUCAUGAAAAUAACCCAAGGUUAAAACAAGCGACCAAAAAAGAAAUAAAUAAACAAAAUAAAAUAAAUACCCAUCCUCAAGCAUGAAGAGUCAUACAGUUCCUAGAUUCAAAAUAACACGCAUGUCACAGGCUAUUUAUUUUGUUAUUUAUCUAUUUAUGACACGCUUCUUUGGACAGUAUUGGCUCUGCGGGGGUCUGCAGGCAACGUCAAAGGCAAAGUGCCCCCCCCCUCCCCCACCCCCACGACGAUUGGACGUGGGCGGGGCAAAGGCACCCUCCACCGCGCCGCGUGCCGCGCGAAAUCCUUCCGCCGGGGUCACGUACGCGAAUGUAUCGAAUAUUGGUGCACUUUAAUUUCAAGCCGGGAGUGGAUGCGAUCUCGCCGUACGUUCUGUCGUUUCUUGUGCCUUUUGAACACCGACUGCAAGUGUCGCGCUUUGGCUGUCAAGUGAGCUCGUUGCUGUUCUCGCGAUCACCCUCUCCCCCCCCCCCCCCCGGGGGUCAUUUGAGGUCACCGAAAUCAGUGCCCCGGUGCGGACCUGGUUCUCAAUAAUCAAACAAAAACGUUGAUAAGAAGCCCAAAUAAAAGAAUCAAGUUGGAUGAUAGCUUGAUCAGAGAUUAUUUUCUUUUAGUCCCCUUUUUAUUUCACUCUGGUGAUGUAACAUUUGUGCUUAGUAGAGCGUCCGAUGCCGUUUGGAUCGGACUUGGAUUUGUCACAGCCUCAACACUUGCAUAGAUGCGCGUCUUUGAAAUAUUUUUAUACCUCCGCUGAUGUGACAGUUGGCUAAAAGGUAGUCUUUUUCUAGAGUAAAAUUUAGGCGGCACGUCCUUUCUCACCAUUUUGUACCCCCCGCCCCACCUCAAAACACACACACGCAAAAAAAAAAAAAAAAAAAAAGAAUCAUCAAAAUGAAGGCAAAGAACAAUCUCUGGCACCACAAUUAUUACUGUGGCUCACGAGGAACUCUUAUCAGAUGUGCUAUUCUUGUACUUUGUGUUCUAACUAUUUGGGAGUUCUAUUUUGAAACUCGUUAUUUCUGUGAAGUCUGCUUUUCGGCACACGUGUUCAGGAUCCCCCCCAGCCCCCACUCCCCCCGCGCUUCUUUCAAUUUCUGUUUUUCGUGCUUGUGAUGAUGUACAGUGAAUGCCGUAAGAUUUACA